CUCGGGGGAGGCAGGGGCGCGGCUUCCCAGUGGCUGCUCGGCGGUACCCGCGAACCGAGGGGCCGCCGGGCCGAUGAGACUGUCGCUUCUUUGUGCCCUGUAAAGGUUCUGGGAGAGAUAAGCACGGGUCGGUUCCCAUCCUUUCGAACCGCCCGCGUAGAACCGAACCGGCGCAAGGGGCCGGUCGGUGGGACGGCGAGGCCGCCGAGAGGAAGGUGCAAUGGCAAAGAAUUUAUCUUUUAUCUUGGUCCUGAUCUUAGCCCUUUCCAUCACAAAUCUCCUUCAAGAACUAGAAUCAGCAGCUGCUUUCUCUCAGACCACUGAGAAAAUCAGUCCAAACUGGGAAUCUGGCAUUAAUGUUGAUUUGGCAUUUACCACACAGCAACAUCAUGUGCAACAGCUCUUCUACCGCUAUGGGGAGAACAAUUCCUUAUCAGUUGAAGGGUUCAGAAAAUUGCUUCAGAAUAUAGGCAUAGAUAAGAUUAAAAGAAUCCAUAUACACCAUGACCACGAGCAUCAUCCUGACCACGACCGUCGCUCUCACAGGAAUCAUGCUGCUUCCGGUAAAAAUAAUCGGAAAGCUCUUUGCCCAGACCGUGACUCUGAUGCUUCAAGUAAAGAUCCUCGAAACAGCCAGGGAAAAGGAUCUCACCGACCAGAACACACUGAUGGUAGAAGAAAUGUCAAGGAGAGCAUCAGUGCCAGUGUAGUGACCUCAACUGUGUAUAACACUGUCUCUGAAGGGACUCACUUUUUGGAGACAGUAGAGACUCUGAAAUCUGGAAAACUCCCCAAAGACGUAAGCAGUUCCACCCCACCCAGUAUCACAGAAAAGACCCGGGUGGGCCGGCUAGCUAGUAGGAAAAUCAAUGAGUCUGUGAGUGAGCCCAGAAAGGGCUUUGUGUACUCCAGAAACAUAAAUGACAAUACUCAAGAGUGUUUCAAUGCUUCAAAGCUGCUUACAUCUCAUGGCAUGGGCAUCCAAAUUCCACUGAAUGCCACUGAGUUCAACUAUCUCUGCCCAGCCAUCAUCAAUCAAAUUGAUGCUAGAUCUUGUCUGAUUCAUACAACAAGUGAAAAGAAAGCUGAAAUCCCUCCAAAGACCUAUUCUUUACAAAUAGCCUGGGUUGGUGGCUUUAUAGCCAUUUCCAUCAUCAGUUUCCUAUCUUUGCUGGGGGUUAUCUUGGUGCCUCUCAUGAAUCGAGUGUUUUUCAAAUUUCUCCUAAGUUUCCUUGUGGCAUUGGCCGUUGGGACUUUGAGUGGCGAUGCUUUAUUACACCUACUUCCACAUUCUCAUGCAAGUCACCAUCAUAGUCAUAGCCAUGAAGAACCAGCAAUGGAAAUGAAAAGAGGUCCACUUUUCAGUCAUCUGUCAUCUCAAAACAUAGAAGAAAGUACCUAUUUUGAUUCUACAUGGAAAGGUCUGACGGCUCUAGGAGGCUUGUAUUUCAUGUUUCUUGUUGAACACGUACUUACAUUGAUUAAGCAAUUUAAAGAUAAGAAGAAAAAGAAUCAAAAAAAACCUGAAAAUGAUGAUGACGUGGAGAUUAAGAAGCAGUUGUCCAAGUAUGAAUCUCAACUUUCAGCAAAUGAGGAGAAAGUAGAUACAGAUGAUCGACCUGAAGGCUAUUUACGAGCAGACUCACAAGAGCCCUCCCACUUUGAUUCUCAGCAGCCAGCAAUCUUGGAAGAAGAAGAGGUCAUGAUAGCUCAUGCUCAUCCUCAGGAAGUCUACAAUGAAUAUGUACCCAGAGGGUGCAAAAACAAAUGCCAUUCACAUUUCCAUGAUACACUGGGCCAGUCAGAUGACCUCAUUCACCAUCAUCAUGACUACCAUCAUAUUCUCCAUCACCAUCACCACCAAAACCAUCACCCCCAUAGUCACAGUCAGCGCUACUCUCGGGAGGAGCUGAAAGAUGCUGGCAUUGCCACGUUGGCUUGGAUGGUGAUAAUGGGGGAUGGCCUGCACAACUUCAGCGAUGGCCUAGCAAUUGGUGCUGCUUUCACUGAAGGCUUGUCAAGUGGUUUAAGUACUUCUGUUGCUGUGUUUUGUCAUGAGUUGCCUCAUGAGUUAGGUGACUUUGCUGUUUUAUUGAAGGCUGGCAUGACCGUUAAGCAGGCUGUGCUUUACAACGCUUUGUCAGCCAUGCUGGCCUAUCUUGGGAUGGCAACAGGAAUUUUCAUUGGUCAUUAUGCUGAAAAUGUUUCCAUGUGGAUAUUUGCACUUACUGCUGGCUUAUUCAUGUAUGUCGCUCUGGUUGAUAUGGUACCUGAGAUGCUGCACAAUGAUGCUAGUGACCAUGGAUGUAGCCGUUGGGGCUAUUUCUUUUUACAGAAUGCUGGGAUACUUUUGGGUUUUGGAAUUAUGUUACUUAUUUCCAUAUUUGAGCAUAAAAUUGUGUUUCGUAUAAAUUUCUAAUUAGGAUAUGAAUGCUAGAGUAGCUUAAAAAUAUUGCUGCCAAUAGUUUAAGUAGGUCAUAGGAAGAUGAGUUUGUGCUACAAAAUGCAGCAUUUAAAGCUAGUGGAUUUUGUGAUUUUUGUAUUGAAUAUUGCCAUUUGUUAUGCUUAUAAGGUCAGUUAUGUUAAUAACAUAAAGGUAUGGUUUAGCUGGACGUGGUGGCGCACGCCUGUAAUCCUAGCAACUCAGGAGGCUGAAGCAGGAGGAUCGCAAGUUCAA